CUUGUAGUCAUUGUUAGGCAGCGAGUCAGAGAGAGGUGCGACCAGCCAGACUGUGUGUGUGUGCGUGCAAAUUGUGAUGAGUAAAAGCACUGAGCAGCUCAGCUGUUGAUACAGCCAGCGAGGGUGUGCAAGAGCGCGAGAGAGAGAGAGAGCGAGUGAGAGAGAGAGGGAGUGAGAGCGAAGAAGUGUAAAGGAAUAAAAAGGAAGGAAAGAAGGAAGGAAGCAAAGAAGGAUACUACAACUAUGCUGUGCUGCAUAAGAAGAACUAAACCGGUUGAGAAGAAUGAGGAGGCUGACCAGAAGAUUGAGCAGGAUGUCCACAAACCAGAGGACAAAGCUCACAAGGCCGCCACCAAAAUUCAGGCCAGCUUCCGUGGACACAUAACCCGGAAAAAGAUGAAAGACGGCGAGGACGAAGAGGAGAAAGAGGAGAAAGAGGGAAGUCCAGCCGUCCCGGAGGAGGCAACGGAAGAAGGGGAGGAGGAGAAGAAGGAGCAGGGUGAUUCCCCGGUCGCGAGCCAGGAGGAAGUGGAGGAUGCUGUCCCUGGGAAGGAGGAGACAAGCCAAGCCAAAAGCCCGGUAGCAGACAAGCCAGCCAACAGCCCUGCCCCCGUCACCACCUCUCCGGUAGCCCCCGUGGCUGCCUCGCCUGUCGGGGAGGCGCCUGCGACCACCCCGACCCAGGCCCCAAUCGCGGCGACCCCCUCUGAGCCCCAGAAAGAGGAAGUAAAGGGCGCGUCCAGCCAGGCUAAGGAGGAGCCCAAAGAGGAGGAGACCCAGGAGGCCCCCGUCACCGCUGCCACACCCUCUGAGGAGGCCAUAAAGAGCGGGGAGCCUAGAGAAGCCGACGUGCCUGCUGCUGCUACUGCCAGCCAGACAGCUGACAAGGAGGAGCCCAACCAAACACAAGACAAACAAGAUGCUGCAGAAGAGGUUGACACCCAAGCGGACACCAAGGAAGAGUCCAAGGAAGACCAAGAGAAAGUUUAACAUAGAGAAAAAAUUACUUACUAUGAUUACAAAUUCAUCUAAAAGGUUGCUCUUUGCCUCUCGAAUGUGAAGACAGUCUGUUUUUAUUUGUUUUUCAUUUUUUUUGUGUGGCAAUGAUUUUCUAAAGUCGGGGGAGUUUCCAAUGUAUACGUUUCUUGGCUCAAGCUUUGGGGUGGUGUUGCAUGAUUUGUUAUAUGCUUCUAUGUGAGAUCUAUGUGAGUAAAUCAGUGGUCAGACGAAACCAACCUUUUUUUCCUGUGGUAAACCGCCCCCCCCUUAGUCAAAAAAGACUUACCCUAUUCUGCUUGAGGUAUUCAAGCUUGAUCCAUCUGGCCAAUCCCUUCCUUUUCUCGCUAAUUUAUGGGAUAAAAACUAAGAAUCUGAAUUGGCUAUUACUUUGAUAUGAGAAAUGUAAACUAUAAUAAUUAUAAUGUUAUAAUGUAAUAAUUGAAACUAUGACAUUAGUGUUGUUAUUAGCCCCGUAUAACAACACUUCCCAUUCUAAAUUAAUAGAAUAAGUAUUGAUUAGCAUGAACCAUCUAACAAAAUGCAUGGGAACUCUUCCACUGAAAGGAUUUUUGUCGCAGCCACAAAACCUAAGAAAUGUGGCUUCCUUUUGAUGUCCUUGGUGUUGUCAUGAUGACAGUUUGAUAUGAAUUGGAUUUACUCUUGCACUGAUGUUAAAAAGUAAUCUAACAAACUAACUAACAAAAAAACGUUUCCUAUGUUCCAGUGAGUGCAAUGUCCAGUUUCAAUCUAAGAAGUAAAAAAAAAUGUGGAAAAAAAUGGUUUCAAUGUC